AUGCAGUCUUCUCCUCCCACCAGCGACGGGAAAGCACGCGCAAUCCGCGAACUUUCUCGCAGCCUAAGUCACAGCCCAAGAAACAUCGAGUCACCAUCACCAUUGCCAACAGACUCGAAUCCCACCCAACGAUCGGGAUUCGGCGGCACUGACACAUCCCAAUUUUGGGACAACCCGGACAUUGUCCACUCGACACAGCACAACAUUGUAGACGACACAAAUACGCUUCCCAAAUUCCCCCGCAUUCGCUCCACCGCGAAGAAGCAGAGUGCCUGGGCGCCCUUCCGCUCCGAGCAGAUCCAGCCUGACACAUCCAUGGUAAACAAGGAGUUCCUCGACUUCGACCACUCCAUUUCCGACGAGGAAAGCAUGGCUGUGGAGCAAGCACGUGGUGGUAACCGCAGCAACCGCGGCACUCCUAGCAAGAUUAGCUCCCCGUUCAACAGCCUCUAUGACAUGACACCCCUCACCAACAGGUCGCGUAAAUCACACAUGGCAGACACGAGCAGCCUUCGACGCGACGCGGCAAUCCGACGCGCCUCCCGCAAUGACCUCGACACAAUUUCACCUCGUCCUUCGAGCAAGCGCAACUCGCCAGCCCUGGCUAAAGAGGACCGCAAGCGCAACUCUCUUUCACAGCUGCACGCCAAACUGUCUGAAGAUGAGUCGUCGUUUAUGGACCAGCGACCCCCGACAGUCACCAUUGACUCCACCAAGAAUUCACGUUGGGGUAACCGAAGCCGCCAGGCAUCACUUCAGAUUGAUGGCAACGCCGAUACCCUGCAAAGCAAAGGAACCCCUCGCUCGAGGCAAAAUACCACACAAAACGCGACUGGCCAGUCGUUUAUCCUUCCAGAUCUUCCUAACCUCACGGAGCUGGUCUCUGGUGUCUUUGACGAUGGUACUCCAGUCUUCUCAAAGACAACGACUUCACGAUCACGCUUUUCUGCCCCUCCAAACGGUGGUCGCCGACCAUCAUACUUUCCCGUCGAGGGUGUCCCAAUUCCCGACGAGGAAAAGGCCAUCUUUUCCGCGCUUCAACAGUUGCAAGAGAAGCUUGCAGAGAUGGAGCACGAACGGGCGGAGCAAGAGAAGAAGAUUGAAGAGCAGGAUCUCGAGUUGAUCGAGCUGCGAGCCACGGCACAGGCCCAGGAGAAGCUACGUCGAAGCGACAGUGCGCAGGAUUCAGACGCUGGAAAGAAUAGCUGGAAGAUUGAGAAGACGCGACUUGACGCUACCGUACAAACACUCCGAACCAGGAUCGAUCGUGCCGACCGAAAAGUUGCUGUUCUGGAAAUCGAGAAGAAGCGUUUGAACACUGAGAAGGAGAGCAUGGCAAACCAGCUCGGUGUUGCUUUCCAGACAUGUGAAGAGCUCAAGAACGAAAAGAGCGCCCUGAGCAGUGAGAAUGAGGAGCUUCGCCAGGAGGUUGAGACACUCCGUUCAGAGAACGAGGCCCUACGUGAUCAGCUCGAUCACGACCAAUCCCAGCACCGAGAAGAAACCACUCAGCUCCGACGACAGUUCGACCAGGCCGCAAAUGCAACUGAAAAGGAAAACGCCAACCUACAUGCGGAAUUGGCUCGUGUACGCGCACAGCAGGACGAGAAUACUCAGCAACUUAGCCGCAGAGAUACAGAAUUGCGACGAGUACGCCAGGAGCAGGCUGAGUUUGCUCGUCUGAAGUCAGAACACGAUUCUCUCAGGUCUCAGCUCGCAGAGAUCAAGGCUAGGCGGGAAGAGGAUGCUCAACGCUGGGCUCGCUUGGAGUCUUCUCUGCGUAGCAAGGUUGAUCGACGUGAUGAGACCAUCCGACAGUUCCAAGACACUACUCAGGAGCAGACAACUGAGGCUAUGCGCCUAGACAACGAGAAUCUCCGUAUCGAACUUCAGGAGCUCCAGGCACAACAAGACGAGGAAUACGAGCAAUGGGCAAGGAGAGAGGCAGAGCUGCAGCGAAAGAUCCAGUCGCGUGAAAGGGCUAUUCGGAGGACUCAAGAGCCAAACGAUGGGCCUCAAGAGCAAUUGCAACGGAGACCCAGCUACCGCCGAGAAGAUACGCGCACACGCAUUAAGAACCGUGUCCAGCAGGAAGUUCGCAACAGCAGGCUUGCAAACGAAUCCCAGCAAGAAAGCCCACGAAAGUCGUUCACUGCUCAUUCAAGGUUCUCCACUCGAAGUUUCUCUGCACCAAUUAUUACCGACAAGCAUGCACGUGUAGAAAGCGAGGUUGAGUCAACUACCGACUUGUCUCUUGCGCCUCGUUCAGCCCUUCGUAUCUCACGCAACAGCCACUCUGCCAGGCAGACCUCAACUAUCCAGCCUCCUGCAGAUUUGGAUCUCACCGAGUUGAGCUACAUUGAUAAGGAUCAAAUUGCUCAGCUUCGACGUCGCCUAGAGGAAGACCGAAUUGCAAAGCGUGAAUCUGCUCUGGUAGAUGAGGUGACUCGCGAUGACACUGUCCGCUCUCAGCGUCAGACUCGUGAAGACACUGUCCGAUCAGUGGCCUCAGCUAAGAGCGAACGUCGCCCUUCUCUCGUCCGCAAGUCUUCGCUCAAGGAUACCACACAACGCACCAACAAUACGCAGUUUGAGGAAGACACUGGUAACUUUUCCAACUUUGACGCGGAAGGCGAUGCUACACAGACGAAGCAAUCUGCUUUCGACGCUUCAAUGGUUAGCAACACGAGCCGAAGGCGUCGCAGUGCUCCCACUGAGAUGACAUCGGCUUUCAUUGUUCCAGACAUUAAGCUCAGUACAUCAAAGCAGGCUACGACCACUACCAGCAUGCAACGAACACUUCUCAAGGAGCACGACAACGCCAACUGCACCUACUGCCGUCGCGAAGGAUACACCACCGCCACCGAUGCUCUCCACGUACCUAAGCUUGUUCCAGCAUCUGUACGCACUGCGGAUGAUGUGGACGCUACUCUCCGUCCCGUACAAUCGCCAAAGGAAGCCCUUGCGCUUGUAGUAAAGGGAAUGAACGACGAGCGUAUUCACUUGCAUGCUGAGUUGGCCGUCCAACGCGCCUUGCUUGAGCAACACGACCCCAGUCUCGGACAGCGCAAGCGUAUUGCAAUCAACGAAGCAAUCCAGGAUCUUCUCCGCCGAAUCGACCAUCUCGACAAGCAAAUCUACCGCCUCCACGAUGUGCUCGAGGGCCAACGGGCCGAUGAUCUGACUGAACAAGAUGUCGAGGAGCUCACUGGCCAAAUCCCCGUCGAGGAAGAGAAGACUGGUCAAAGCGAGAAGAAGGCCAAGAAGGUUACUAUCCGCAGCUUUGUCGACGAAGACGAGAGCGUCGAGAUUGGUCGAGGUCGCUCAGCCAAGAACGGUGGCGCUCACGACGAGGAAGACGACGACGACGAUGAGACGCACGAGCUUCCUUGGGAAGGGUUUGGAGAUGACUCUGGUCCCGAGGGUGAUGCUAGUUUCUCGGCUAUGGCAUUCACCUAG